CUCAGGAACAACAUCCAUGAUCUCUAUCCAGAUGAGCACAGUCCUAGGAACAGCUAAGAUACUGCUCACAACCUGCAAGGAAUGAAGAACGAGUGGGGCGAGAACAAAGCCAAUACCAUUUUAUUACCAAGCUGUAUUGUAAAUUGCUUAUUACAUUAUCGUGUAUUUUUCUUUUGGCAGCAACUCUUUUUCCUUUGCUAAUUGCCUUGAGGAACAAAAGUGUGCAUCAAGACUCUUCAGACCUUAUUUUUAAGAAAGCAAAUCGUAUGUUCCUUGUGCAGCAACAGCCAACCCAAGUAGGUUGCCUAUGCGUUUGUCUCAUUGGUUUUCGGGCCGCGCUACGUAAAGCACCCAGCUUAAAAAGAAAAACCCACACUGACCACCGUGACACUGUGAGUUGCUCAGCGUGUCUGCUAGUCGCACCUCAAACUGUAGUUGAGCUGACAGCCAUGUAUCCUGCAGGUUACCCACCUGAGAAUACCCCAUUGCAGGGGAGAUACCCAGUGGUUCAGGGACACCCUGGAGUAUCUACAGUGGUUCAGGGACACCCUGGAGUAUCUACAGUGUUUCAGGGACACCCUGGAGUAUCUACAGUGGUUCAGGCACACCCUGGAGUAUCUACAGUGGUUCAGGGACACCCUGGAGUAUCUACAGUGUUUCAGGGACACCCUGGAGUAUCUACAGUGGUUCAGUACACAUCUGUGAGCGUCCCCCCUGAGCCCCCCAGGGACCACAUCAUCUGGUCCCUCUGCUGCUUUCUACACCCCUUCGGCCUCGGACUGGCGGCCUUCAUCUACUCCAUCAAGGCCAGAGACCGGAAGGUGGUUGGAGAUAUGGAAGGAGCCCGACGCUACGGCUCCACCGCCCGCCGCCUCAACAUCUCGGCCACAGUCCUGGCUUCCAUCAUGUUCCUUAUUUGCCUUAUUAUCACAAUUACUGUCUCUGUGCAAAACAACAACUACUACUACUACAACUCAUACGAUUAUCGCUAUAGAGGUUGAAUUUGAAAGGGCAGAGAGUUUUCUGAAGCUGUGACUUGGUGAUAAUUCUCUUUAUCUGCUUUGCGAUUAUGGCUACUGUUUUAAACGUUUUACUUAUAUCUUCAAGCAAAACGUUUUUCUUUUUCUUACAAAAGUCUUAAAUGGAACUCCUGUAUGUUUCCAUAAUGACAAUUUGUAGUAAUUCUUGCAAGACUUACCUAAUAAAUUCAAAUUCCCAACAGACGGUGUUUUCAAAAUAAAGAACCCCACCCAAAGAAGAAAAGGGAACUGA